CUGGUGUCCGUAAAAUAAACACCCUUAUAAAAAUUGAAAUAGAAAGGUUGAACAGACUAUAUAAUGAAAAAUUUUUAUCAUGUAAAAAUCCUUCAAACAUUUGGAAACUUUUCAAUAAACUAACAAGUAAAAAACAAAUGUCCGUUGAUGCUUAUUCUGAUGUAAAUGCUUUAAACAAAUCAUUUAUCAAGAAACAAAUUAAUAUGGUUGUACCUGAUGUACCUAGUCAAGAAAAUGGUCAUUUUCAGGGUUUUGAAGAAAAGGAUGUACUAUUAUGUUUGAAGUCAUUAAAUCCAACACACAGCCUUGGUCCAGAUGGUGUACCAAGCAUUCUUCUCCAAAAGUGUGCAGACAUCUUGUGUCAUCCUCUUACUCAAAUCUUUAACGCAUCAUUUAAGAGGGAAACGGUACCUGCUGACUGGAAAGAAAUCAAGGUUGUACCUGUACAGAAAUCAUCUUCUGGAGCAGGUAUAAAGUUUAGACCAGUCGCUAUAACAUCUCCUUUUUUGAAAACUAUGGAGAAACUUCUUUUGUAUAUUCUUAAACCUUCUUUAAAAGCUUUUAGUGACCCUAAGCAGUUUGCUUAUAAGUGUGGAAGAAGUACAUUAGAUGCAGCCAUUGUACUACACCACAAUAUUGUUUCCUGCCUUGAUAAGGGUGCUAAGUUCGUUCGAACAGCUUUUUUAGACUAUACUGCAGCUUUCGACUCUGUUCCUAGGACACUUUUAUUAGGAAAGAUGAUUUCAGCUCAAACAGAGUCCUGGGCAACUAGAUGGCUGUCUUCUUAUUUUAAGGAUAGGAAACAGCAUACUGUUUUGGCUGGAAAGCGCUCCACUUCCCAGCUAACUGAAAGUGGUGUGCCUCAAGGUGCAGUACUUUCUCCAUUUCUUUUCUCUUUCUUUCUGCAUGACCUUCCGAACUCACCCAAAGUUAACUUCAUUAAGUAUGCUGAUGACCUGACCGUUUCUGUCCCUGUAGUUUCCACAUCGGAUUGUUCCUAUAUGAAUGGCUUCCUAGCUGAAGUUAAGGAUUGGUCUCGCUCAAAUGGUCUUAAACUAAAUCCAACUAAAUGUAACACUGUUGAUUUCAGCUUGAGAAGUGAAAAAGACAUGCAUGGAUUGAUUCAAUCUCAUGAUUGUUGUAAUAUUGAUGGUACCAUGAUUGAGAGUAAGUCAAGUGUUUCUUAUCUUGGCAUUAGUUUCUCGUCAAAUCUUUGCUGGUCGUCUCAUAUUCUUAUAGUUUCUAAGAAAGUUUUCCGUCUGACUUAUUACAUAAAGAAGUUGAGACACUCAGGUAUAACUCAAUCUCUUAUCAUACAAUUUAUUAAUUCAUGUGUUUUGCCCAUCAUUCUUUAUUGUUCUCCAUUAUUCUUCCCUGGGCUACUCAAGAAAGAUCAUAUAAUACUACGAAGAACAUUGAGGGCUGUAAGUAGGGUCAGUGCUAUCCCUUUGACUGAACUGUUGUCAAUAGGCAUAUGAAUUCUUGUAAACACUUAGCUAAAGUUAUCUUAUCUGAUAGUGAACAUCCUCUUUAUUCACAAUUGUUCCCUUGUAUCUCUUCGGGUAAGACCAGAAGAAAUUUUAUAAACAUUUAUGCUCGUACUACAAAAUAUAAAAAUUCGACCGUUCCAUAUUUGGCACGAGUAUUGUGUGAAGAGACAAAUAUCAGAAAAGAACUUUUACAAAUUUUGAAUCAAUAACUAAACUAUAAAAUGAAAUGAUGCAUAUUAAUGCAUGUGUUAUUUGUUAUAUUAUUUAUUUAUUAUUCACUAUGACCUAGAAAUGGUAUGCAUUUGUUGGGUUUUUUUAUUUUUAUUUUUUUUAUUUUUAUUCUUUUAUUAUUUUUUCCUAUUAACUAUCAAUAUUUUAACAUUUUAUACAUUUAUAUAAUUAUAAACAGAGCUAAACCAUUGCAGUAUGUAAAAGAAACGCUGAAAAUUCCAUGCUGUAAAUUGUUAUUGUUGUGGAAUAAAGUGAUUAUUAUUAUUAUUAUUAUGAAGCUUU